UCUUCUGGUGUUGUUUUCGGCCCAAUUUCUGACGUACAAAGCCUAAAAUAUCUAACUUCGUCUCUCCAAACUCCCAAGGAAGCACAAACGCAAACACUUCUCACGCUCAAACCUUUCACUUCAGCACUCCUUUGUUGUUGCCCUAUUCAGUCACCCCCUGUACACUUACCCACAUACAGGAGAAUAGAGAGAUUUCUUUUUAAAAAAAUAUAUCCAAUCCAAUUUUACUUAUCAAUAAAAAACCCUCCUAAGCGCACCAACUGCUGAAAAACUUGCAUCCAAUUUCUUCGUCUCCGACAUCGUUUUUGUCGGGUUCUUUUUGGGUUUUCUGCAAUGUCAGGGUCCGGUGGGGUUUCGACCGCUCGAACCCGCGGCGAGGACCGAUUCUAUGUUUCUCCAGCGAUGCGAAAGAAACAGCAGCUACAACAACAGCAAGAGCAGCAGCAGCAGCAAAAACACCACCAACGGCAGAAGCAGGGAUCAUUGGUUUCUAAGAAUCGUACAGCGGUGAUGGAGAAGGGAGCGGAGUCAGAUCAAUGUGGUUCAUUGUCUUCGUCGUCAACUAUGUCAAAUUGUUCGGUGCAGGGUCUUGUAGCGGCCGAGGGUAAUUCUUCGAAUUUAGAUCGGUUCUUGAAGUAUACUACUCCUGUGGUUCCUGCCCAAUAUUUGCCUAAGACAAGCAUAAGGGGAUGGAGAACUCGUGAAGCAGAGUGUCAGCCAUAUUUUGUGCUGGGUGAUCUAUGGGAAUCUUUUAAAGAGUGGAGUGCAUAUGGUGCGGGUGUUCCCUUUCUGUUAAAUGGAAGUGAAACUGUUAUGCAGUACUAUGUUCCUUUUUUAUCUGGCAUUCAGCUGUAUAUAGACCCAUCAAGACCCUCUCCAAGGCUGAGGAGGCCUGGUGGGGAAAGUGAUACCGAGUCAUCCAGGGAAACCAGUAGUGAUGGUAGCAGUGACUACAGGGCAGAGAGGGGAGUAAACAACGGUGUUCAGGGGCCUGGUGCAGAAACUGAUGCAGGGUCAUCCAGGGAAACCAGUAGCGAUGGUAGCAGUAACUACAGGGCAAAGAGGGGAGUAGACAAUGGUGUUCAGGGUCCUUGGACUCAGCAAACCAUUACUGAUGCAAAUAUUCAGAGUUUGAAUAGAAUCUCACUGAGGAAUAAACCUGUUGGAGGUUCAUCAAGUGAUGAAUAUGAGAUAUCCAAUCCUCCAGGUCGGCUUAUUUUUGAGUACAUGGAGCAUGCUCCACCAUUUACUCGUGAGCCGUUGGCUGACAAGAUUUCAGUUCUUGUGUCGCAGUUUCCAGAACUCAAGACAUAUAGGAGUUGUGAUCUGUCACACUCAAGUUGGAUUUCUGUUGCUUGGUAUCCCAUAUACAGGAUCCCCAUGGGUCCGACACUACAGAAUCUGGAUGCCUGCUUUUUAACAUUCCAUUCUUUAUCAGCACGUCAGAACACAGAUGACAUGCACCUUCAUGGUUCCAGUGUUAGGGAGGUUUCAGGUGCUGAUAUGUCAUUCAAGCUGCCUUUGCCUACAUUUGGUCUUGCUUCCUACAAGUUUAAAGUUUCGUUUUGGAAUCCAAGUGGAGUUUAUGAAUGUCAGAAGGCCAAUUCCCUUUUACGGGCUGCUGACAACUGGCUUAGGCAUUUACAAGUAAAUCAUCCUGAUUUUGCGUUCUUCAUCUCCCACAAUUCAAACUGGAGAUGAUAGGGAGUUCCAUAGUGGGCUGUAAACCUGAAAUGGAAGGGUUAUAUAUGUGGACCUUCAAUCCUGACAGAGAAACCUUAUUCCACAAUGUUCUUUUGUUGUUUUUAACAAUACGAAGCUGUGACUCCCAGCCUAAAAGUCUAGGCUGUGAAACGGUGCCCCUGUACUGAGUGGCCGAAGAAUGAUAGUAGUUUUGGCUUGAACGUGAGGCGUUACACAUUUGGAGAUAUUUGAAAGGGGCUCUGUUAUUGAUAGACGUUACUCUUUAUAGGCUUUUGAUCUUGUCUUGUGGACAGGUUGAACUUACAGUUGCUACAACUUUUAAAUAAGGUUGUAAGAUGAUGAAAAAAAUCAAGUGAACUUUUUGUAAAUAAUUGUUUUGUUGUAGCGUAUGCCGCGUGCUUGUACUAACAGCUCUUAUAAUAUGAUCGCAUUACCUUUUCAUGCC